AUGGCAAGCUUCAGUCCUAUGCUGAGCAUGCUGGGACUGGUUCUGUGCAGGGUGGCAAGCCUUGGGCUGUCGGCUGCUCCCACCCCAACCUCCAAGAACACCAUCAUCGGAAUAUUAAUGCAAAGAUGCCACAGUGAGGACAUGAAAAUCCUGAGAAAAUAUUAUAUUCCUGCAUCCUAUGUAAAGUAUCUGGAGUCCGCAGGUGCGAGAGUUGUACCCGUAAGGCUUUAUCUUAAAGAUAAAGAGUAUGAAAAGCUUUUCAAAUCUAUCAAUGGGACCCUUUUCCUUGGAGGAAGUGUUAACCUCAUGAAGUCAGGUUACACCCACGAGGCCAAAAUAUUUUACAAGCUGGCCGAACAGCUAAACCCCAAUUAUUUCUUAUUAUUCCAGAGUUUUGGCAAUGGAAACUAUUUUCCCACGUGGGGAACCUGCCUUGGAUUUAAAGAGCUUACUUAUCUGGUCAAUGGAGAGAGCUUAUUAACCCUCACAGACAGUGUUGGAAUUAAAAUGCCAAUUAACUUCACUAGAGGUCCACUACAGAGCAGAAUGUUCCAGAAUUUUCCUGCUGACUUGCUGCUGUCAUUAGCAAUAGAACCUCUGACUGCAAAUUUCCACAAGUGGAGCCUCUCUGUGAAGAAUUUUACAAAGAAUGAAAAGUUAAAGACGUCUUUCAAUAUAUUAACUACAAAUACAGAUGGCUGUAUUGAGUUUAUUUCAACAAUGGAAGGAUAUCAGUAUUCAGUAUACGCUGUCCAGUGGCAUCCAGAGAAAGCACCUUAUGAAUGGAGGAAAGUAAAAGGCAUUCCCCAUGCACCUAAUGCUGUGAGGGCUGCUUUUGAUUUAGCAGAGUUCUUUGUGGCUGAAGCUCAGAAAAACAAUCACCAUUUUGAAUCUGAUGUUGAAGAAGGCAAAGCACUAAUUUAUCAGUAA